AUGUGGACAAAUGUUGGUACCACCAAACCUUCGAUGAACAAGCCCACAAGUGCCACCCUCCCUGCAGAUGCAAUAAGACCCAGGGAAAUGAAUAGACUGACAGGCAGCGACGAUGAUCCCUGUCGUUACUCGCUCACACAGUCAUCUCUUUUACGUGUGGGACCCUAUCAGCGUGAUACCACCCACCAACAGAUCUGCCUUGAAACCCACCCCAUUCAACUUCGAGCGGCAAACGGCUCCACCAUAGAAACCUAUGGGAAUGAGGAACUUACCUUGAACAUCAACCUCAGGCACGACUUCAAGUGGUCAUUCACCAUAGCUGACAUCAGGACACCCUUGCUCGGUGCAGACUUCUUGGCACAUUACAACCUGGCUGUCCAUAUGAAGACACGGACCCUGUCCGACAACACGACAUCCAUCAAGAUCACAGGGAUCUCGUCGAGCCUCAACACAACUAGGAUCAGCGUGGCAACACAGCACGACCCACACUACGUAGAAAUCCUGCGCCGGUACAAGGACCUCACACAACCCAUUAAACCAACUGAUGCAGACGACCAUCAGACCCAACACCAUAUAGAGACCACUGGACAACCAGCAUAUUCAUGGCCACGAUGA